AAAAAAAACACUCCGCCCCAGACCUGGAGCUCCUACUUCCUCAAAAUUCAGCGAAUAUAAACUCACACACUGACCUACUUCGACAGCAGAGGAAGAAGCUGACAGACUCAGAGGACUUCACCAAACUCUUUGACUUUGAACUUAAGGAUGUUGUCGUAUGUGUGCGUGUUGCUGCUGGCAGCCUCAGCUCUGGGCCACUUGGAUGAAGCCUUUCUGGACGCCCAGUGGGAGCAGUGGAAGACCACACACAGGAGAGAAUACAAUGGCCUGGAUGAGGAGGGGAUCCGCAGGGCCAUCUGGGAGAAGAACAUGCUUAUGAUCGAAGCCCACAACCAGGAGGCAGCGCUGGGCAUCCACUCCUACGAGCUGGGGAUGAACCACCUGGGAGACAUGACAUCAGAGGAAGUGGCUGACAAAUUGACAGGCCUUCAGGUCCCAAUGAACCGUGAUCGCAGCUACACAAUGGCUCUGGAUGACGUGUCCAGAAUUCCCAAAUCUGUCGACUACCGCAAGAAGGGCAUGGUGACUCCAGUGAAGAACCAGGGUUCCUGUGGCUCCUGUUGGGCCUUCAGCUCAGCUGGGGCCCUUGAGGGCCAGUUGGCCAAGAAGACGGGUCAGCUGGUGGACCUCAGUCCUCAGAACCUGGUGGACUGUGUCACAGAGAACGAUGGGUGUGGGGGAGGGUACAUGACCACCGCCUUCAAGUACGUCCAGGAAAAUGGAGGCAUCGAUUCUGAGGAGGCCUACCCAUACGUCGGAGAGGACCAGCCUUGUCGCUUCAAUUCAUCAGCCGUGGCAGCCCAGUGCAAAGGCUACAAGGAAAUCAGAGAGGGUGACGAGCACGGACUGGCUGUUGCGCUGUUUAAAGUGGGUCCAGUAUCUGUGGGCAUCGACGCCACACAGUCCACCUUCCAGUUCUACCAGAAAGGUAUUUACUACGACCGCAACUGCAACAAAGAAGACAUCAAUCACGCUGUGCUGGCAGUGGGCUACGGAGUGAACACCAAGGGGAAGAAGUACUGGAUCGUCAAGAACAGCUGGGGCGAGAGCUGGGGCAACAAGGGCUACAUCCUGAUGGCACGUAACCGUGGCAACCUCUGCGGCAUCGCCAACCUCGCCAGCUACCCCAUCAUGUGAGGAUGAUGAGAGUGGAGCUCAAGAGGAAGACAAAAGAAGACAAAGGGGCUUUGCUCAGACUACUAUACAUGAAGAGAGCUCCUUCCAGUCCUCAGUAACCACUACAACAAUAGGACUUACUGUCUUUUGGAAAGAAUCUCCUCUGGUAUCUAGUAUGAAAAUAUUAUGGACUCUUGGAUUCAAGUGUCCUUAAAAACAUCUGAGGAUGUUUGGUUAUUGUGAGUUAUUUGAAGCACUUUGAACCCCUGACGUCUUUUCAGUUUUAUCUCCACAGCAACACACUUCCACUGUUGUUGGCUCCAUAAAGAAAUGCAUAUAAUUUCAGUACCUCCAGGGCAUGGUGUUAGUAACACUAACCAAAGUGCCAAGUUAAAUCUACAGACACACCAGGGACAACCAACAUUUUACAGUGUUAAGCUGGUAGUCUGUGAAACUUUCACUUUCUAAUUUUAAUGACAGUUUGUGUGAAAACUAACUAAAUUGAAAUUCAGUGUGACAGGAAACAUUGCUGGGCAAUGGGAGCUCCUCCUUUCCUGCUGAUGCAGAAGCAGUUCCUCUAAAAUCCUAGUCAGUUUUUCACUUGAUCACAUCAACUUUUGUUGUUGUUAUUGUUCUGUUCAGCACUUUUCUCAUGAUUAAACUGUAAACUGAUGUUUUCUAUGAAAUUUAAUAAAGGUUUCAUUUUGAAUUUGAA